AUGAAGGUCAAAAAGGAUUCACCGAAAAAGAAAAAUAUUGAUAAAAAGAUUCAAUCAAUAUCCGAAUCAGAUCAUAACAUGAGCAAUGAUAGCUCUUCAGAUGAAGAUACAGAUGAAGAAUGUGAAGAAAUCAAAGAUGCAAGUGAAGUGAAUGAGAAAAUUCUCGCUGAAUUAGAUGAUGGAGAAAGCAGUGAUGACAGUGAACAGCAAAAUAUUUCUACCGAAAGAAUUAAGGAAAAAAAGCCAAUUCCUACUAAAAUAUCAAUCACAGACGAGCAAACUGUCAUCGAUUCAAAACAGUUAGCUUAUGAUAAAAAAGAUGAAAAGAAAACUGUGUUUUGUGGCAAUAUUCCCAAUGGUCCAAACGUCAAUGAAACUCGCAUCAAGGAUUUAUUUAGCGAGUAUGGAUCGAUUAAGAGUGUCAGGUUUCGUACAGAAUCAGGUCAAAUAAUAUUUUCAAAAAAAGUAAGGAAAGGAUGUAAGAGUUUCCUUGCUUACAUUGUUUUUGAGAAAGAGGAAGACGCAAAAAAAUCAAUUCAAUUAAAUGGAUUCAAACUACUGGAACACCAUCUUCGUGUUAACAUGGCAAAUAAUAAAAAAGAAGCUUUUUCAAAUAAAGGAACAGUUUUUGUGGGAAAUUUACCAUUUGAAGCCAGUGAAUCUGAGAUUCAUGACCAUUUCUCAGAUAUCGGUAAAAUUGAAUAUGUAAGAAAGAUUGCAAAAAAAGGAAUCGCCUACGUUUGCUUCCAGAAAGGCGUUAGUAUAAUCAAAGCAUUAUCACUGAACGACAAGCCUUUCAAAGGUCGAAAUCUUCGAGUAACCCGAGCAGAAUCUAAAGACAAGCAAGAAAAGAAAAAACUCUUCAAGAAGGACCCGAAAUCUGGAAAAUUCCUAAAACAAAAAGUUAGAAAACCUCACAAGAUACACAUGGACACCUUAUUGAGAGGACGAAAAAACAACAAUCCAAUUAUCAAAAAGAUCAAGGAAACGCAAAAGGCUAAAUUCAAUAAGUUCACCGACGCCAAUCAAUUGUCGAAAAAGGAGCUUUUCCGUAAAGGCGGAAAAAUGUACCAGAAUCAUCGUGAUGACAAUCGCGAGAAAUUCAAGAAGAAAGAGAAAUUUUUUGGUGCAAAGGUCGACGGCCUCGAUAAGAGAAAAAAUAAGAAAUCGAAAACAUCUAAGUCGAUUAAGCAUCAAAAAGUUAUUGCGAAGAAAUUGAAAAGCGCUGCUGAAAGAGCAUCUGAAAAGAUGUAG